AUGGUUUUUCACACCAAUUGUUUGACAACAAGUGAUAUCAAAGAAGUGGAAGAAGAAUGAGUGGCUCAACCAAUACGACCGGUUGGGCGACAAACACCACCUCCUCGUCACCCGAUAGUCACCGAAGAACAUCCGGCGGUCACCCAAACGGUCCCUCAGGAGUGGCCAAUACGGGUGGUGUCGUCGGCGGCGCUAAAUUCCCCGGACGUGUGAUUAUGAAGAAUAACUAUUUCGCCAACAAUUCUGUGACAAACAACUCGUCGAUGAGUGGAAGUGGUAGUAGUGGUGACCGUCAACGACACGGCGCCGCCAAACAGAGGACUAGUAGUCUGUCGGCGAUGAACACAACGCCCACCAAAACCAGUGGCGGAGCCGUACGGGUGGCCACCGGUGGCGCCGCUUAUCAUCACCACAAACGCAACAACUCAUCCAGUUUUGAGGUCUUCACCGCCAGCUGUGAUGACGCCUGGGAUUCAACAAUUGAUGACUGUCUUCAGACACCCAAUCAUUUCAAUAAUUAUACGUCUAAUCAUCCGGUGUUGUCGUCCUCUUCGGCCACAAUUGAUGCCCAACUCUCUAACCAUAUAUCGGGUCUUCUCAUACGCGAAAUGCCUUCGACAUCAAAGCCAUUAAAACCUGUUUCGAAGACAAAUACUGACAAAAACAAGACCAAUGCUAUGGAAAGCGCCAAAAUUGAUACCAAUAUCUUUCAAGUGACCGAAACUGAUCCCAAAUUAGCCAAAAUCACGAGAAUAGUG